UCAAGCAUCUUACUCUACAGAGUAUCAAAUAACAACCUCCCAUCCAAAACCCCAUCUCUCUCCAUCUUUCUCUCAGAAAAUGCUUUUCCAAGGCAUCAUCUCUUCCUCUCUCCCUCUCAAAUCCCCCUUCUCUCCCAAACGCCUCUCAAUCUCAUCGAAAUUCUCCAUCUCAGACUCCGACCUCGCCUCCCGCGGAUUCAAUCUCCACCGUUCCUUCUCUUCCCUCAACCUCGACGAUCUCAACACCGUCUUCGUUCGUGUCGGGUUCCCCCGCAGGGACCCGGCCAAGAUCCUCACCGCCCUCCAACACACGCCCUCUCUUCUCUGGAUCGAGCACUCCAAGACACAGAAGCCUGUUGCAUUCGCACGCGCGACGGGCGACGGCGUAUUCAACGCGAUCAUCUGGGACGUCGUGGUGGACCCCUCCUACCAAGGGUUCGGAUUGGGGAAGGCCGUGAUGGAGAGGCUCGUCGACCAGCUGCGAGAGAUGGGAAUCCCAAACAUCGCACUGUACGCGGAGCCAAAGGUAGUGGGCUUCUAUAGGGCGCUUGGGUUUGCUGCGGAUCCCGACGGAAUUCGAGGGAUGGUGUAUUCUAGAAAGCAGCAGAAGAAGAGCAAAUGAUUUAUACGACGCGUUGUACUGUAGGCUUACGGUACAGCUAAUUGAUUUUAAUUUUUUUGAAAUGUAUUUUUAUUUGAGAUAGGCUCCAGUGCUCCUAGUUGCAUUUGUUACUUGGACAGUCCAAUCGAUCGAUCUGAACCGUCUAUUAAUUCCAGAACAUAUAGUAUGGGCCACCAUGCAAAAAUCACACUGAUCGGAUGAUCCAAUCCA